GAGCGCUUAUAAGUCUUCCUUUACCGCCACCUUCAACAACAACACUGCAAUUUCAGUUCAGUUCCGAUUCUAGACUCUCUCCGCUCAAUCAGGACCGUCGAUUUCGAGGGACCAAUGGCUGCUGCCGUCUCAACCAUUGGAGCUGUCAACAGAGUACCGCUGAGCUUGCACAGCUCCAGUUCUGGAGCUUCUGUCCCGAGCUCGGCAUUCUUGGGAACCUGCUUGAAGAAGGUGAGCUCUAGUGUGGUCCACCCAAGAGUAUCGAGUGGAAGCUUCAAGAUUGUCGCUGGAGCCGAAGAGGGGAAGAAGCAGACCGACAAGGACAGAUGGAAGGGCCUAGCGUUUGAUGUAUCCGACGACCAGCAGGACAUUGCCAGAGGAAAGGGGAUGGUUGAUAGCCUCUUCCAAGCUCCAACGGGAGCGGGGACACAUGACCCCAUCAUGAGCUCCUACGAAUACAUCAGCACCGGCCUCCGCCAUUACAACUUGGACAAUACCAUGGAUGGUUUCUACAUCGCCCCGGCUUUCAUGGACAAGCUUGUUGUCCACAUCAGCAAGAAUUUCAUGACCUUGCCUAACAUCAAGGUUCCACUUAUUCUGGGUAUUUGGGGAGGCAAAGGUCAGGGAAAAUCAUUCCAAUGUGAACUUGUCUUUGCCAAGAUGGGAAUCAACCCCAUCAUGAUGAGUGCCGGAGAAUUAGAAAGCGGUAACGCAGGAGAGCCUGCAAAGCUGAUCAGGCAACGGUAUCGUGAGGCUGCAGACAUCAUCAAGAAGGGGAAGAUGUGCUGCCUCUUCAUCAACGAUCUCGAUGCAGGAGCAGGAAGGAUGGGUGGGACCACCCAAUACACUGUCAACAAUCAGAUGGUGAAUGCCACCCUCAUGAACAUUGCUGAUAACCCAACGAAUGUGCAGCUCCCCGGCAUGUACAACAAGGAGGUGAAUCCGCGUGUCCCAAUCAUAGUCACUGGAAAUGAUUUCUCCACAUUGUAUGCCCCUCUCAUCCGUGAUGGUCGUAUGGAAAAAUUCUACUGGGCCCCGACUAGAGAUGAUCGUAUCGGUGUCUGCACCGGCAUUUUCAAGUCCGACAACGUGUCCCAGGAGGCAAUCGUCACCCUUGUCGAUACCUUCCCUGGCCAGUCGAUCGACUUCUUCGGUGCGCUGAGAGCGAGAGUGUACGACGAUGAAGUGAGGAAAUGGGUUGAAGGUGUGGGAGUUGAGAUGAUUGGGAAGAAGCUGGUGAACUCAAAGGAGGGGCCGCCGACAUUCGAACAACCCAAGAUGACCCUUGAGAAGCUGCUUGAGUAUGGAAACAUGCUGGUGAAGGAGCAAGAUAAUGUGAAGAGAGUCCAAUUGGCUGACAAGUACAUGAGCGAGGCCGCCCUCGGCGACGCAAACCAGGAUGCAAUCAAGAGUGGAGCUUUCUAUGGUUAGCACUUUUCACUCCCCCCUAUGGGCCUUGAUUGGAGGCAAGGCAGCUCAACAAGUGAGCAUUCCGGUCCCCGAAGGUUGCACCGAUCCAACCGCUAAAAAUUUCGAUCCGACGGCCAGGAGUGAUGAUGGAAGCUGCCUGUAUCAGUUCUAGGUUUGUUCUUAAGUCAUGUUUCCCAAUGAAGAGCCCAAGGAGAAAGGAAUUUCUAAGAAUUGUAGGAAUAACUAAGAUGGUAAUCCUGUAUCCACCCAUCCACUAUCCUGUAAUUUUGUGUUUCUGAAUACUUUUAUUGAAUCUUAAAAAGCCUUUCUUUUCAUCA